AGAAUCUCCUGAGAGAUAUAUAGUGCUUAGUUAUAUAUAGAUAUAGAUAGAGAGUAGUACUCACAUCCGAUCCUAGAUCCUUUGAGUCCUGAUCCUAGUUUGCAUGCCUUUCGUAUUGGUUGUUUGUGUCUGUGCCUGGUUUCUGUUCGUUCUACCAACUCGCGUUAAGUUCAAGGACAUCGUCUAUCGAGGAUUCACCAAAAUGGAGGCGAAUUCACCCACCAACACACCCACAGCCACGGUGGCCACCACAACAUCCACAGCCUCCACUACAGUGGUCACAUCCACGCCUUCGCCGGCUGCCAGCACCAGCAGCAAAAGUCACAGCCAACCCGCCUCUAGUUGCUCCGCAUCCGCUUCCGCCUCCGCUUCUGCUACCGCCUCUGCCGCUGCAACGCCUCCUGGUCAGCAGCUGCUGGCCACCAGCCUGGAGGUGGCCAAGCAGGAGGAUCUGUACAAUCUGUCACUGGCCAGUGGACUGUCCGAGGGCCAGCGAUCGCUUUCGGGCGCUCCGUCGGCUUCCUCCAGUCCUAUAAUGAGUCCGCAGGGCAAGAUCUUUGGAAGGAAUGCGAAUGGAACAAUGAUCACCACAUCGCGACCGGGCAACGAGGCGGAGGUGCAGCUGUACCGGGUGCUCCAGCGAGCCAGCCUGCUGGCCUACUAUGACACACUCCUGGAGAUGGGCGGCGAUGAUGUGCAGCAGCUGUACGAUGCCGGCGAGGAGGAGUUCCUGGAGAUCAUGGCCCUGGUGGGGAUGGCCUCCAAGCCCCUCCAUGUCCGUCGUCUGCAGAAGGCACUGCACGAGUGGGCCAACAAUCCGGGUCUCUUCCAGGGUCCCCCCAUGCCCCACUUAGGUCUUUGCGAGACACCACCCAAACCCGCGUUGAUCUUCAAUCCUGACACCACGCCCGCCUUGCCCCGUAGCCAGAAGUUUCCCUCCUUUAAUCCCACUGGCACUUCCUUUCAGCCCUCGCCGGUUCCGCCACCAGCGGCGACUGCUGUUCCCAGCUCCGCUUCGGUCCCGACUCCUGGCCCUCUGAUCACCCAGAUCAGCUGUCCGGUCCCCAUGCCCUUGGUCCUGCCCUCCACCCCGCUAACCAGCAGCAGCAGUAGUCCCCAUCCGGCGGCCAACAGCAGCAGCCUGCCACCCGUGAGUACUGCCCACCAGGUCUCCUCCAGUUCGCCACAGCUUACGCCCGUGCUGACCGAGAUGCAGAUCCAGAGAAUCACGAUGUGCGCGGAGAAGAUCGGUAGACAGCUGCCGCAGCGAGAGCCGCGGGCGCAAACUACCAGGAAGCGAACCACGCGGGAACUAGAGCAGGUCAUUGCCAUGGGUGAGCACGAUCCGCGGCGCAUGGACGAGAUCCGUAAGUACUCGGCCAUCUAUGGUCGCUUUGACUGCAAGCGACGGCCGGAGAAGCCGCUGACCCUGCACGAGGUGUGCGUCAAUGAAGCAGCCGCCCAGCUCUGCCGGAAUCCCCAGACCAUCUGGCUGCUCACCCGGCGCGAUGAGCUCUUCCCGCUGGCCCGCCAGAUUGUCAAGGAUGCUGGCUUUGGGCACUCGGCUAGCAUUGCCCGUUAUGGUGGCCUGCUCACCCAGCUUCCGUCUCAGGGAGCUAGUGCUGGCGGAGGUGGACGAGGAGCGGGACCAGGGGGCAUCCCGGCCAGCGAUAUGGACUGUGAGUCCAGUGACGCGGGUAUGCCGACCAAGCGGCAGCGACUCUCCUCCACGGAAGCCGCUGGCCAGCUGCCGCUCGACGUGAACAGGGAAGCUGUCGAGGACUCCCGCUACAAUCUGUUUGCCAUGUACCAAAAGUUUGCCAAGCCGCCAUUUGAUUUAACGGAAAUUGCCAAGUUCUCACUUGGCAAGACGGCUGAUUACGAGGACAACGACUCGCGCUUCUCCUUCAGCAACUCCAGUUCCCCGACCAUGCCAACGCCCUGCAAUGGACUGGAAGGUGAACGUUCGCCGGUUGCCCGCCAAUUGGAGAACUCCUCGCCGCCCAGCGAGUCAGUGGAUCUGAGUGGUUCCGGUCCCGCCAUCAGUGGUGUCCAGGUCAUCUCCGCCGCGGGGGAUAACAUCAUAGCCGUGGCGAAUCCCGCUCUAGCACUGAGUCCCACGCUUAACGAGGUCCUAUCGCUCAAGCGGAAUGCAGCCUCACCUGAGGCCUAGCUGGAGGCGUUUUGGUUUCCGGAAGGAUGUUCAUCCUAGUGCCAGAUUUGGACACAUACAAAUCGUUAAAAUUUCAGUGCAAUUCAAUUAGUUUUUUAGAAAAAGAAAAGUAAACAUUGUUUAAGGCAUAUUAAGUUGAUAAUUAGUUUGUAGUCUCUGUGAUCUAUUCUAAAAAUCUGUAAUAAAAGGAUUAUUUAUCGUACAAU